AUGAGUCCCAUGAGUCCCGAGGGUUUCAAACUCAUGCACCGCCACAGUCCCAUAGCCGUUCUGACCCCAGUGCGAUCCUCGUCCUCUCUCUCUUCUCACGCCUCCAGUGAAACCAGCGGCACCAUGGGAAACCUGCUGAUCCUGGCCGACGGGAUGGUGGUGGAGCAUCCAGAGGACUUCUACAGGAUGCAGGCCAGCCCCUCCUCCUCCAGCCUGAGCUCCACCCACUCGGCUCCUCCACAGAUGAUUCACUCGGCCCCUUCCACCAUCCGGAUCAGCUCUCCGUCUCUCCCGGAAAAAUACAGACACAACAGGGAGAUGCUGAUGCUGCUGCCCCCGACCAGAGACCGCCCCAGCAGCGCCAUGUACCCCAACAUCACAGAGAACGGACAGCUGCCCAACCUCCAGAGGGCGUUAUUCCAUCAGGUGAUCGGGCCGUGCAAACCCUGCAGUGACCCCAACCUCUCUGUGGCAGACAAAGUACUAACAGCUCCCAGCAGCUGGAGUCUGGACAGCGGCAGCAGAGACCCCCUCCCCUUCCUGUCCGCACAUGUGGGCAGUGUGCUGGCUCCACCCGUCCCACCGCGCAACCUGCCCCAUGGCCAACACCUGUCGAUGCACUUUGAUGCUUUCCACCACCAUCACCAGAGCAGCGAGCUCCCUCCAGCUCUCCCCGCGCGCUCCUUAAGAAAGUCGCCUCUGCACCCUAUACCUGCCUCGCCCACCAGUCCGCAGUCCGUCCUGGAUGGCAGUAACUCCACGCUGUCCGGUAGUGCCAGCUCCGGCGUCUCGUCCCUGAGCGAGAGCAACUUCGGGGGCACUUUGGACCCCUCAGCCAGUCGCACGGAUACUCUGGAGUCGGCCCCCAGCAGCCAGGCCUGGACCACGGACCAGGAAGACUUGGACUCGCUCUACCAGCCCGUCAGGUACAGCGCCUCCGAGCCUGCGGUGACGGACGGGGACAAGCCGCAGCCAUGUCGCAGCCUGUCCGCCCCGGGAACAGUGACCCCUCCCCACCCUGGGAUCCACAUCAUCCCCCCCGGAGCGCUGGGUCAGGACAUAAUGCACCCGCCGCAGCAGCACGUUUACUACCAACAGCUGCAUUUCUCGCACUACAUCCCCCACAAUCCCCCUCUCUACAGUCUGCACGAGCCGCCCGCGCUGCCACCCAAGCCCUACGUCAGGGAGGGCUGCAUACCUGAAGAGGAGGGGCCCCAGUCUACGCCCCUGACCGUGCCUCGCCCAAUGCCGCGCAAGAUCUCACAGCCGAUCAUUGCGGCCACCAAGGAGGAGCAGGCGAAGGUGGCCUGGGAGCACGGGCCGGACCCGGGGAGCCGGACCCGGGAGCCGGACCCGGGGAGCCGGACCCGGGAGCCGGACCCGGGGAGCCGGACCCGGGGAGCCGGACCCGGGGAGCCGGACCCGGGGAGCCGGACCCGGGGAGCCGGACCCGGGGAGCCGGACCCGGGGAGCCGGACCCGGGAGCCGGACCCGGGCUCCCGCCGGCUUUUUUAUUAG